GAAAUUGCCAUUUACUCCAAACAACAGCUGUAAAUGUAGUUUGGUUCUAGUUUACAAGCAGUUACAAUCAGGAGCAGCUUUUGCUGGAAGCCGAGUGAUUGCAUUUCUGCCCCUUUAGGCAGGAGAUAAAUCACAGAACUUCCAGGAAUGACCUCAGAGACUUGUGAGAGCCGGAGCUCCAGGGGGGCUUAAUAAAGGGAUAUUGUUCUGUGAGCGUCCCCUGGGAGCCCCUCUAUUUUCUACUCCAGCUUGUACAAGUUCUCCUGGGAGCACGUACUCUUCUUCACUGGGCUUUGUCUGCAAGUCCAGGAGGUGGAAGCCGUCCGACCUUGCCCAUGAAGAAACCCCUGGGAUUGGAUAAGCAGUGGUCUGUGCAGCCCUCAGGAGACUUGGGGUUUUCUUCCUCAAUGACACUGUGUGUCCUUGUACUUCCACUUGGGGAGUCUCCAGUCUGUCGUGGGCUGACUUCCGCCGAAGGAUCUCUUGCCAUGGACUCAGCUGAUGCCCUCACAUCCACGGGGCACGUCCAGAACCACGAAUGGGUUUCCAACCUCUUCCAUCAGCGCUUCUCGCAGGAAGUUUUCACUUCUCUUUCCCCCAAAUUGGUCUAGUGUUGGGGCUUCUCCCGAGCGAGAGCCCGCCCCUCCCUGCAGUCCCCUCAGGGCGGCUCAGAGAUCCUGGGGCGCGCGGCGCUGCAGCAAUGUCCUCUUCGGACCCUCCUCCCGGAGCUGCCCCCACUGCCCCGCUCUGAGCCCGCAGGGCGCUGGGCUCCGAGGACCCCGGCGGGCUCCCGCUGCCUCGGGACGAAAGGCGAUGAAAGGCUCCCGUGGACUUCUCCAUUGUCUUCAACUUUCCUCUUCCCACAGUGGGCGCGCGGCCAGGCCGGGCCGGGCUCGGAGAACUUCUGCAAACGGGCAUUCCCCGCCCUUACUAGGAGACGGAUCGGUUCAGUGCUGCUGAUUCUGGAGACUGUCCAGGAGCCGAGUCCCAGGAGCGCGCAGAAAAGGCAGCAGCCUCCGGACUAAGAUUCCCAGAAGGCUUUGCUCACCAGAGGAGCAUUUUCCAGUUUAAGGGAGAAAGAAUGGGCGUGCCUCCCGACGUCAUUUCCGUACUGCCCUCUCAACUCUCUGGCUUGGAUUUGUGCUUUUUCCCUUCUUUGCCUGGAGCUGCCCCAGCCUCGGCUCUGCCUCGGUGGCCUCUUGUCUUCCCCUGAGGCCGAGGGAAUGGCUCCUGUCCUCCUGAGCACCCGGCCCUGCCAGGAAUCAGUGACAUUUAAAGAUGUGGCUGUGGAAUUCACCUGGGAGGAAUGGGUACACUUGAAUCCAUCUCAGAAAAUGCUGUACAAGGAUGUGAUGUUGGAGAACUAUAGAAACUUGGUCUCUUUGGGAUUUGCAGUUUCCAAACCAGAUGUGAUCUACCAAUUGGAAAAUAAAGAAGUAUCUUGGAUGUCAGAACCAAGCAGGAGAUGUCCAGGCAAGAAAGAAUUUACUUCAGAGAAACCAUAUGAAUGUAGUGAAUGUGGGAAGACCUUCAGGAGUAAAACACAAUUUAGUGUGCAUCAGAGAAUUCAUACUGGAGAGAUUCUCUAUGAAUGUAAGGAGUGUGGAAAGACUUGUCACUGCAAUUCAGAACUUAUUCGACAUCAAAGAAUGCAUACUGGAGAGAAACCCUAUGAAUGUACAGUCUGUGGUAAGGCCUUUAGCAUGAAUGCAAAUCUCACUGUGCACCAGAGAAUUCAUACUGGAGAGAAACCUUAUGAAUGUAACGAAUGUGGAAAGACCUUUAGACAGAGGACACACCUUUAUGUCCAUCAGAGAAUUCAUACUGGUGACAUUCCUCAUGAAUGUAGUGAAUGUGGGAAGGCCUUCAAGAGGAAGACACAACUUACCUUGCAUCAGAAAAUUCAUCCUGGAAAGAUUCUUUUUGAAUGUAAGAAGUGUGGGAAGACUUUCCUCUGCAAGACAGAUCUUAUUAAACAUCAGAGAAUUCAUACUUUAGAGAAAGCUUAUGAAUGUAGUGAAUGUGGGAAGGCCUUCAGGAGUGUGAUACAACUCACUGUGCAUCAGAGAAUUCAUCCUGGAAAUGUUCUUUAUGAAUGUAAUGAAUGUGGGAAGGCCUUCCCUAGAAACUCACAUCUUAUUAAACAUCAAAGAAUUCACACUGGAGAGAAACCUUAUAAAUGUAGUGAAUGUGGAAAGGCUUUCAAAAGGAAGGUACAUCUUAACCUACACCAGAGAAGUCAUACAGGAGAGAUUCUUUAUGAAUGUAAAGAGUGUGGGAAGGCCUUCCUCUACAAUUCAGAUCUCACUCGACAUCAGAGAAUUCAUUCUGUAGAGAAACCAUAUGAUUGUACUGUCUGUGGGAAGGCUUUCCGGAGUAAGACACAACUUGCUGUGCAUCAGAGAAUUCACACUGGAGAGAAACCUUAUGAAUGUAGUGAAUGUGGGAAGUUCUUUAGACAGAGGACACACCUUUAUAUGCAUCAGAGACUUCAUACUAGAGACAUUCUUUAUGAAUGUAAGGAGUGUGGAAAGACUUUCUCCUACAAUUCAGAUCUUAUUCAACAUGAGAGAAUUCACACUGGAGAGAAACCUUACAAAUGUCCCGUGUGUGUAAAAGCCUUCAGGAGUAAGACACAACUUACUGUGCAUCAGAGAAUUCAUACUGGGGAGAAACCUUAUGAAUGUAGUGAAUGUGGGAAGUUCUUUAGACAGAGGACACACCUUUAUAUUCAUCAGAGAAUUCAUAAUGGAGAGAUUCUUUAUGAAUGCAAGGAGUGUGGGAAGAAUUUCUCCUACAACUCAGAACUUAUCCAACAUCAAAGAAUUCAUACUGGAGAGAAACCUUAUGAAUGUUCUAUAUAUUGUUAGACCUUUAGGAGAAAGGCUCAGCUUACAGUACAGAAGAAAAUUCAUACUGGAGAGAUUCUUUGUGAAUAUAAAAAGUUCAAGAAGGCUUUCCACUACAACCCAGAACUUAGCCAACAUCAAAAAUUCAUACAGGGAGAAACCUUAUGAAUAAAUUGUGUGAAGGAAGAUCUUCUGCCUGAAGGUAGAACUUACUCAACAUCAGAGCACCCAUUCUAGAGAGAGACCUUUUGAAUAUAAUAAAUUUGGGAAGACCUUUAGACUGGACACACAGCUUGCUCAGGAUCAGUGAAUCCGUUCUGUAGGGUAAUCUUAUGAGUGUAGUGCAUAUGGGAAGAAAGUCUUUAGACUGAGGACUCUGCUUUAUUUCCAUCAGCGAAUUUACACUGGCAAAAUUCUUCAUGAAUGUAGGGAGUGUGGGAAGAUUCCCUAGCUAAAUAGACUAUAAUUCUCAGUCUCUAGAAGAGGUUCUGAAAGUACUUAUUUAAGCCCCCAUGGGAUAGAGCAAUAUCCUUCCUUUCGAUGGAAUCUUCUAAUGCAAAGUUUCUUAAACUAUGGGUUGUGAUCUCAUAUGGGUUAUGUAACUGAAGGGGGGGGGGUGUCACGAAAUUAUGGUUUGAUUGAUAUAUCUGUUUCAUAUAUGGGAGUCACAUAAAAAGUUUAAGAAGUCCCAUUCUAAUGGGAGAAAUGUUAUCUUUCCAUGGACCUUCAGGGAGUGAGAUGUUAUGCUGAUUGGGCAAAGGCUACUGAGAGGUAUUUAGAAACUGUUGGUAUUAACUUUGAUCCCUGGCAUAUGGCAGGUAAGAAGAGUAUGAAUUACUUCCUGGCCAUCAGAUGAGCAUGGUGUGUGUGCUAUAUAGUUGUUACCUGCUUGAAGAAAUAUGUUCCGAGUGAUUUUCCUGAUUUUGAUGAUGAUCUUUUUGCUCGUAUUCAUCAGGGUAGCCAGUGUGAACCUUAAGGAAUCUCAUUAAUUAAAACAAAAUAUUGCAAGGACCUGUUGGCAGAUAUUGAUGGGAUA